AUGCGUUAUAAUAUUCUUGAUACGGCUAAAUCUUCUGCAACAGAAGCACGAAAUCUCUUCAGAAGGCAUUGGGAUGAUAUUAUUGGAACAAUAGAAGAAUUUUUAACGUCUAACCCCGAUGCAACAUUAUUAGCUCCAGAAUCUGCUUCCGCUUUAGCUUCGAUUGACCAGGACAUAGAACAAGAUGGAAGGGCAGAUGAUAAUACCGCGGAAAAAUUACGUGAUAUAAUUAGAAUAGAGUGUGAAAAGCUACGGGAAAAUGGAAAUACAAUAUGGAGGAAACGGGUUUUAGAUUUGAUUGAAAUAUUGCAAGUGUCAACUUUGGAAGUUUCAGGAUCUCCAUCAUGUCCUGACCAUACCCACUAUGUUGGGGAUAGAAAUAAAACCGCCAAGAUGCUAAAGAUCAUACUGAACUUUAUUAAAGUCAACUAUCCUGGCGAUUUCAGAGAGUUUAGAAGAAUAAAAGUAUAUGGCGUUCAAAUAUAUGAUCAUGACUUUUAUAUUUACAGCAUGUGUAUGCCCUUUGCUGGUGUAUAUUAUUUUAAACUCGAAAAAAAGUUUUCUUAUUCAACAAUACCAGCUUUGCUCUUCAAAGAGUUACUAAAUUUCUCCUCAAACUUGUUGACGAUGCGAGAUAUGAUUAUUUCGAGUACUAAGAGUGUAAUGUCUUAUAUUACAAAUCCUAUUUCCGAAUCAAGUGAUGAUGCUAAGAUCGAUAAAGUGAAAACUUCUCCUAAAAAAAAGAAGAAUAAUUAG